AAUCAUUCGGAAAGUGACGUCAUUACGUCGCGUAGUAAAUAAACGGAGUGACCGGAAAGAGCGACGAGCUGAAAAAUGACUGAAGCUGCUCCAAACUGCAGUGUUUCCGACCCGAGCCACGGACUUGACCUCUUUCAUUUUUUUUAUUCGUCAUAACCGGAGUUCUUUAUCUCCAUUAACACUGGAUUCCUGUUUACCCACUACUGCAGUGUGCUGAGCUCAGGUUAACCAUGAAUGACUAGGGUUAGCAUGAAGCUAGCUGCCAGAUCAAAUUAAAUGCUCCAGAGCAAAAAUACUCCGUGUAUUACUACAGAGAGAAUGUAUAUCAUUCAGAAAUUAUACUUUAUAAACGCUAUUUAAACAAACCCUGGACACACUGGUAACGUUAACCAGCACUGUAGCUGUUCUACUUAGCAAGUUAGCGCUUGAGAUAGCGUCCUUUCUUGUGUUGUGAUAUUUAGGAGGUAAAAACUCCUCCAAUUAUUAUAACAAAAUCUCAGUAAGUACACGACAGAGCUGCUCGCUAGCCAGAAGCAGCUAGCCCUCGAGUGAGUGGAUGAAUGAAAGUGCUGAGGCGACUGGAAGCUAAGCUAACUGACCCGCGGUUUUUGAAGCUUCACCAGGAGGAAACUCGGACAUGUCGGAUUUAACACGGGACGUUGUGGAGCUGGUUUGGGGGAAACAGGCGAGUAGCAGCGGUGUGUCUGCGUCUCUGUUCCGCAGGUGGACCCAAGGUUUUGUCUUCAGCGAGACAGAGCACAGCGCACUGGAGCAGUUUGAAGGUGGACCAUGUGCUGUGAUUGCACCUGUGCAGGCAUUCCUGCUGAAGAACAUCCUAUUCAACAUGGAGGGCUUAAACUGGAGAAAUAUCUCGGAGGAGGAGCAGCGCUCGGCCCUGUGCUCCACUCUUACUGAGAUUCUGGUGUCUGCCUGCAUUGGGAAGACCCACAGCUUUUGCCUGGCCACAUGGGCUCCCUCUAAGUCCACAGACGAGAACAGGGACAUCACUGAAGACCACACAGAACCCGAAUCCAGUCAGAACACACACACCCAGCAGCAGCAGCAGUCCACCGCUUUGGCUGCUGAGGAGUUUGGCUUUGAGCGGUUUCACAGCAUGGUACAUAAAAGGACACUAAAGACCGUCCCUGAGCUUAAGGAGAUAAUCAUAUCACUGUUUGACACUUGGAGGAAUAAAUUCGGUGUCUUGCUCUUCCUCUAUUCUGUAAUACUAACAAAGGGUAUUGAGAAUAUAAAGAAUGAAAUAGAGGACACUUCAGAGCCAUUUAUUGACCCUGUGUAUGGUCAUGGCAGUCAAAGUCUGAUCAACCUGCUUGUGACCGGACACGCAGUGUCAAAUGUUUGGGAUGGAGACAGAGAAUGCUCUGGAAUGAAGCUGUAUGGGAUCCAUGAACAGGCUAGCGUUGGCUUUCUCACACUAAUGGAAUCUCUCCGAUACUGCAAGGUCGGAUCAUUUCUCAAAUCUCCAAAGUUCCCUAUAUGGAUCCUUGGCAGUGAGACGCAUCUCUCCGUGUUUUUCACCAAGGAGAUGUCUCUGGUGGCCCCCGAGUCCCCUUCAGAACAGGCCAGAAGAGUCUUUCAGACCUUUGAUCCAGAAGAUAACGGGUUCAUUCCUGACACACUGCUUGAGGACGUUAUGAAGGCUUUGGAUCUGGUCUCGGAGCCGGAGUAUGUCAAUCUGAUGAAGACUAAGCUGGAUCCAGAAGGACUAGGAAUUGUUUUGUUGGGUCCAUUCCUGCUCGAGUUCUUCCCCGAUCAGGACUCAGGGAUUCCAGACUCAUUUCCUGUGUACCACUACAACGGCCUAAAGCAGUCCAACCACAAUGAGAAGGUGAGUUAUGUCGAGGGAACCGCAUUAGUUCUCGGCUUCGAGGAUCCAAUGGUGCGUACAGACGACACGCCGAUCAAGCGCUGCCUCCAGACCAAGUGGUCGUACAUCGAGCUCCUGUGGACCACCGAGAGAUCUCCAUCCCUCAAUUAACCCCUUCACCUUAUCGCAUCUUUCACUUCAGGACCCCUGCACGAUCUCCAAAUCCCUGAAUUUCAGGAGACUGGCACAGCGCCCCGAACGAAAUCCCUACGAUCAACGAUGCUGCCUGAUUCGCAUCGGCUCGCUCGUUCUAAUCUUUCAUUUCGCUCAGCCUGUAUGUUUAAAUAAAAAAUGAUGAUGCACAGGGUUUUGGUUACUAUUAGAAAACCAUCCUAUUGAAUGAAAUGAUUACAAUUUUUGUUUUUGUUUUUUUUUUCUCAAAGGUGUUAAUAUUUUUCAGUUUGCAGAUUUUCUAUGGAAUUUUCUUGUUAAUUUGUUUACAAAGCUAAAAGACAGCAUUAUAAAUAAGUCGGAAGAAGUAAAAUAAGCCAAUCAAAUAAGUCCUAUAGAUCCCUGGUUAGAUUUCUGGACAAAUGUAGAUUCGAUGGUGGCAAUUGUGUCCAUGGUUUAAUUUGACACGAGCCUCCCGGUGAUUCAGGCUACAUUCCGCAGUGUUUAUGUAACGUGGAGAAAAUAAAGCCGGGCUCAGUUUAGACCGGUUUGCAAAGGAAUGCACUACGACCCACAACAGGAGGAAGAGGAGGAUAAACGAGAAGGAGGACGGUGAGACAGUAUUGGUAUUUGAUCUUGGAUGUGACUAAGCUCUUUAAAUUUUUUUUGUUUUGUUUUUUUUUGCCACCGCAACAGUGCCAUCUAUUUAUUGUUCACUGGCCCUUAGGUGAACAGACGAGCAAACCUGUUCAUUAUUUAUUCUGACCCAAAUGAUUCACCAAAAUAAACUUUUGAUGUCUUAUUGCCUGGA